AUGCGCAAGACUCAUGGUCCCAAGGGCGCGGACUGGUACGCCAAGGGAGUCAAGACUGUCGAGGACAAGUGGGAGCUUCUCCCAGCUUUCCUCAAGGUCAAGGGUCUUGUCAAGCAGCACCUCGACUCGUUCAACUACUUCGUCCACACCGAUAUCAAGGCUAUCCUGCAUGCCAACGCGCUCGUGCAGUCGGACGCCAACCCCCGGUACUACAUCAAGUACACCGACAUCCGCAUUGGUAGGCCACUACGCAAGGAGGUCGGCGCGGUCAACCAGCGCUUGACACCCAUGGAGUGCCGUCUCACCGACAACACUUACUCUGGCGGCAUCUACGUCGACAUCGAGUACACGCACGAGGAUAAGAUCCGCAAGCAGCAGGGCAUCCAUAUCGGUCAGCUGCCCAUCAUGCUGCGGUCCGAUCUCUGCCACCUCGCAAACAGGGGAGAAGCAGAGCUCGCACGCAUGGGCGAGUGUCCCCUCGACCCCGGUGGUUAUUUCGUUGUCAAGGGCACAGAGAAGGUCAUUCUCGUACAGGAGCAGCUGAGCAAGAACCGUAUCAUCGUCAUGGCCGACCCCAAAAAGGACGUCGUCACCGCAGAAGUCACCUCGUCGACCCACGACCGUGUCGUCAAGACAUAUGUCACUACGGCGAAAAAGUGCAUCUACCUGAGGCAUAACUCGUUCCGCGACCCCAUUCCUAUCGUCAUCGCCCUCAAGGCUAUGGGCCUCACGAGCGACAAGGAGAUUCUUCAGAUGACCUGUGGUUCGGAUGAGCGGUAUCAGGAGGCGUUUGGUGUUUCUCUUGAGGAGGCGACUAGGCUCAAGAUCUUGACUAAGCGCCAGGCGCUCGAGUGGAUCGGGCAACGGGUGUCGCCAAACCAGGACAAGGACGACCGUUCGGCUGGGCAGAAGCUCACUGUCGCCGACGUCGCCCAGCAGGCGCUCGCGACCAUGGUUCUUGGUCACGUUCCGGUCAGCAACAUGAACUUCAGGCCAAAGUCGAUCUACCUGUGCACCAUGACCCGCCGCGUGCUCAUGGCGAUGGUCGACCCUAACAUGGUUGACGACCGUGACUACGUCGGCAACAAGCGCCUGGAGUUGGCAGGCCAGCUGCUCUCGCUUCUGUUUGAGGACUCGUUCAAGACCUUCAACUCGGAUCUGAAGAAGCGCAUGGACAAGAUCCUGGAGAAGAAGUCGCGUGCUGGACCGUUCGACGCGUCGUCGCUCGUGCGCGUUGGCGGUAGCGACAUCAUCACGUCAGCAUUUGUGCGCUCCAUCUCCACCGGCAACUGGUCGCUCAAGCGUUUCCACGUCGAGAGGGCAGGUGUCACCCACGUCCUCUCGCGCUUGUCGUUCAUCGCUGCGCUCGGUAUGAUGACGCGUAUUACUUCUCAGUUCGAGAAGACCCGCAAGGUUUCCGGUCCACGUGCACUGCAGCCGUCUCAGUGGGGAAUGCUCUGUACGUCCGACACGCCCGAAGGAGAAGCCUGUGGUCUUGUCAAGAAUCUCGCCUUGAUGACUCACAUCACCACCGACACGCCGGAAGACCCGCUCAUCAAGCUCGCCUUCAUGCUCGGCGUGGAGGACAUUAACCUCAUGACUGGCAACGAGCUGUACCGUCCUGGCGUGCACCUUGUCCAGGUUAACGGUAGCCUCAUCGGCGUCACAUCACUGCCGAAGCGCUUCGUUCGCACCUUCCGCAGAUUGCGCCGCGCUGGCCGGACGUCCGAGUUCGUCUCGAUCUUCAUAAACACGCACCAGCGUGUGAUCUACAUCGCGUCGGACGGCGGCCGUAUCUGUCGUCCACUGAUCAUCGUCGAGAACAGCCGGCCCAAGGUCACGCAGGAGCACAUGCGGCUGCUCAAGGAGGGCAAGGUCACUUUCGACCACUUCCUGCGCUCCGGGCUCGUCGAGUACCUCGACGUCAACGAGGAGAACGACUCGUACAUGGCUUGCUAUGAGCACGAGAUUACUGAGGACACGACUCAUCUCGAGAUUGAGCCGUUCACCAUCCUCGGCGCCGUUGCCGGCCUAAUCCCCUACCCUCACCACAAUCAGUCUCCGCGUAACACCUACCAGUGCGCCAUGGGCAAGCAGGCCAUUGGCGCGAUCGCGUAUAAUCAGCUCAACCGCAUUGACACCCUCCUCUACCUUAUGACGUACCCCCAGCAGCCGAUGGUCAAGACCAAGACGAUCGAGCUUGUCGGAUACGACAAGCUUCCUGCCGGCCAGAACGCAACCGUCGCCGUUAUGUCGUACUCCGGCUACGAUAUCGAAGACGCGCUUAUCGUCAAUCGCGCCUCGGCGGACCGCGGCUUUGGGCGUUGCCAUGUUCUUAAGAAGCAGACUAUUCCCCUCAGGUCGUUCCCGAACGGCACAUCCGAGCGUCUUGCGAUGCCGCCGGCUGAGCUGCGUCCAGACAGCCAUAACUGGCUGGACAACGAUGGCCUCGUGGCGCCUGGAUCGGUUGUGGCGCAGGGUGAUGUGCUUGCUGCACGAGAGACUCCAAUCGACACGCGCGGUGCCGGCGGGCCUGGCUCAACAUUCAAGCCAUCGCCUGUGGUGCACAAGCUGCCUGAGGCUGCGCUCAUCGACAAGGUCAUGGUGACAGACACGGAGGACGGAAACCAGCUCAUCAAGAUCCUCACUCGCCAGACGCGUCGCCCCGAGCUCGGCGACAAGUUCUCUUCUCGUCAUGGUCAGAAGGGUGUGUGCGGUCUUAUCGUGCCGCAACAAGACAUGCCUUUCAACGAUCUCGGCAUUUCGCCCGAUAUUAUCAUGAACCCGCACGGUUUCCCGUCACGUAUGACGGUCGGCAAGAUGAUCGAGCUCCUCUCCGGCAAGGCGGGCGUGCUGUCGGGCAAGUUGCAGUACGGCACGGCGUUCGGCGGCUCCAAGGUCGUGGACAUGAGUCAGAUCCUCGUGGACAACGGCUUCAGCUACGCCGGCAAGGACAUGCUGCAGUCCGGCAUCACGGGCGAGCCGCUCGAGUGCUACGUCUACUUUGGCCCGAUCUACUACCAGAAGCUCAAGCACAUGGUCAUGGACAAGAUGCACGCGCGUCCGACGGGUCCGCGUGCCAACCUGACGCGCCAGCCGACAGAGGGUCGAUCGAAGGACGGUGGUCUGCGUCUUGGUGAGAUGGAACGCGACUGUUUGAUCGGCUACGGCGCGACACAGCUGCUGCUUGAGCGUCUCAUGAUCUCGUCGGACGCGUUCGACGCACAGGUUUGCGAGGCGUGCGGCAUGCUCGCGUACUCGGGAUGGUGCAAGGGGUGCGCGAGCUCCAAGGCCGUCGUGAAGAUCACGAUGCCGUACGCCGCGAAGCUCCUCAUCCAGGAGCUGCUCGGCAUGAACAUCCUCCCCAAGCUCAUGAUGGAGGACACGGUGUAG